CCGCUCUUAUAAUUCAAGUAUUGGUAUGCGUCCUGUGGACGUCUCUUAUGAAAAUGCUGAAGAAUUAAGAAAAAAAUUAAAGGAAAAGGCCAUUGAAGAAUUUGCUCCUAAGCGUUGGAAGACCAAAAAGUUUUCAGUAGGGGAUAAAGUUAGAAUAGAAAAGUACAAGCAUGUAUUUCAGAAGGGAUAUUUGCCAAAUUUCACUAAUGAAAUUUUUAUAAUAAAUAAAAUAAGAGAAGUACCACACCAGCCACCUACAUAUAAAAUUUGUGAUCAAGAGGGAGAAAUAAUAAGGGGGUGGUUCUAUUCAGAUGAUUUGUGUUUGGUAAAGGAACUCAAGAAAAAUGAAAAAUUUUAUGAUAUAGAAAAGGUUUUGAGAAAACGGAGAAUAGAUAAUGAAGUUCAGUGUUUAGUAAAAUGGAAGGGUUACGCUUCAAAACAUAAUAGUUGGGUUCCUGCAAGUUCAAUUACUUGGAAAUAA